GUUAUCCAAUGGCAUGCUAUUAUUUCCUCGUGUAUCCGGUGUCAAAUAGUUUGACAUGACAAUAGAUAAAUGUUCUGUUUAUAGUCGAUGUAAUGCUUUAUUUGAAUAUUUUUUUAAAGAAAAUGACGCGUAAUAUAAGCACAUUAGUUAGGUAGCUGUUCGUCCAGCUAGGUUAAAAAACACACAUCUAGCGUACUUGGUGGUUAAUCAUGUCAGGGUCGUGGCUCAGAAGCUGUCGGUGUUUUGUGGCCAACAUGCCGGGUUAUGUUGGUGCUGCUGCCGCUACAAGACGACGGAUUACACGCCACCCGGACUCCGACUUCGUCAGACGCUGCUCCACCACGGCUGUGGGUGAGGUGCGGGUCAGGUUUGCCCCAAGCCCGACGGGUUUCUUGCACCUGGGUGGUCUCCGAACUGCACUCUACAAUUACAUCUUUGCCAAAAAGUACAAGGGCUCCUUCAUCCUGCGCUUGGAGGACACUGAUCAAAGCAGGCUGGUGCCAGGAGCUGCAGAGGCCAUUGAGGAGAUGCUAGAGUGGGCGGGUAUACCUCCAGAUGAGAGUCCAGGCCAAGGCGGGCCAGUGGGUCCCUAUUUCCAGUCAAAGAGACUGGACCUUUACAAACAGACGGCGUCUCAGCUUGUUGAAAGUGGCCGUGCCUACUACUGUUUCUGCAGCUCCCAGAGACUGGAGCUGCUCAAAAAGGAAUCUUUGAGGACAGGACAGACUCCAAGGUAUGACAACCGGUGUCGACACCUUCGAUCUGAGCAGGUUCAGGAGAAGCUGGUGCAGGGUGCGCCUCACGUGAUCAGGUUUCGACUCGAGGAGGGAGUGGAGGCCUUUCAGGAUCUCAUCUUUGGAUGGAGCCGUCAUGAGGUGGCUCAGGUGGAGGGCGACCCUGUGAUGAUGAAAGCCGACGGUUUUCCUACCUAUCACCUUGCCAACAUAGUGGACGACCACUACAUGAGGGUCAGUCACGUCCUGCGGGGCUCCGAAUGGCUCAUCUCCACCUCCAAGCACAUCCUCAUGUACCGCGCUCUCGGAUGGCAACCGCCCGUAUUCGGACACCUGCCGCUCUUGACCAACAAGGACGGCAGCAAACUGUCCAAAAGACAGGGGGACAUAUUCAUCCAGAAAUUCCAGAGAGACGGUGUGCUGCCAGAGGCUCUGCUGGAUAUAACCACCAACUGCGGCUCGGGAUUCAGCACCAAUCGGAUGGGACGGAAAAUAGACGAGCUUAUUUCAGAGUUUAACCCCUCAAAGAUCACAACGCACUCUGCUCUUCUUGACCUGGACAAACUUCCUGAGUUCAACAAAGUGCACCUGCAGCACCGUAUCGAAAGUGAACAGCAGUGCAAUUUUCUGAUAAAGGAACUGCAGGCACGAAUCCAGGCGGCUUAUGCGGGCGAGGUGCAACAGGAUGGAGACGUCCUGCGUGAGGAUUACAUUAGGAGGGUUCUGCACUUCCGUAAGGGUCACAUAUCCUCACUCAGGGAGCUUGUGAGUCCUGCCUACUCUUACCUGUGGGUGCGCCCUUCCUUCUCCAGCCAACAGGUGGCAGAGCUGUCUACGGAGUCCCAACACAUUGCCUCGCUGGCUCUGAGAUUAAUCAAAGAACAUGGAGAUGCGCCAACAGUGGAUGAGCUCAGCAGAGAUUUGAAGACGCUGGCCAAGCAAACCAAAUCCACCAAGUACAGAGAAGUGAUGAAGCUCAUUCGGCUAACUCUCAGCGGCUUGCAGCAAGGGCCCAGUGUUGCAGAAAUGAUGGUGGAAUUGGGGCCCGCAGAAACCAGCCAUCGAUUCCAGAAGCUUCUGUCGCUCUCUGAGACCAGUUCAGAAAUGCCAUCUUUCUCGAUGAUCUUGAAAGGCUCCCAAAAAAACAGUACAACUCCUGGAAUGACAGACGUCUCAUAGAUCCUUCCUAUAGACACUAAGCAGUACGAGUAAAACCAACCAAAAAAUUCCAACCAAUGGUGAAUAAUGUCAGUAUGUACAAAUCCAUCCUUCCUUUUUCUACCGCUUGUCCUGUUCGGGGUCGCGGGGGUGCUGGAGCCUAUUACGGCUGCACUCGGGCGGAAGGCGGGUUACACUCUGGACAAGAUGCCACCUCAUUGCAGGGCCAACACAGAUAGACCGACAACAUUCACACACUAGGGCCAAUUUAGUGUUGCAACCUAGCCCCAGGUGCAUGUCUUCGUAGGUGGGAGGAAGCCGGAGUACCCUGUUGCAACCCACGCAGUCACGUGGAGAACAUAAUUUGCCGUCCCCAAAUUAUGGCGUAGUGGGUAGAGCGGCCGUGCCAGAAACCUGAGGGUUGCGGGUUUGCUUCCCACCUAUUGACAUCCAAAUCGCUGCCGUUGUGUCCUUAGGCAGGACACUUCACCCUUUGCCCCCGGUGCCGCUCAAACUGGUGAAUAAAUGAUGAAUGAAUGAUUGGUGGUGGUCGGGGGGGCCGUAGGCGCAAACUGGCAGCCACGCUUCCGUCAGUCUACCCCAGGGCAGCUGUGGCUACAAAUGUAGCUUACCACCACCAGGUGUGAAUGAAUGAUGGGUUCCCACUUCUCUGUGAGCGCUUUGAGUAUCUAACAAUAGAAAAGCGCGAUAUAAAUCUAAUCCAUUAUUAUUAUUAUCAUACAAACUCCACACAGAAAGAUCCCGAGCCCAGGAUCGAACCCAGGACCUUCGUAUUGUGAGGCACACACACUAACCCCAGUCCCCCGGUGCUGCCAGUAUGUAUAAAUAUAGCACACAACUACAAUGUGCAAUUAAAUUGUAUAUAUUGUCUAAUUUACCAAUCAUUAAUUGAUCAAUAAUGGUAUAAACAUGCUAGCAGAUUUGAAUAUUUCCAGUAAAAUGUUGGCUGUCUUAGACUUUAAACCGUGGCGUGCAUGCUGUGUUUAUUGUAAAGUUUCCCAACAGAGACGUUGAUGCGCUAAUGCUUUCUAGAAGGUUUAUUGACUAACCAUAACAAGUCAUAAUCCAAGGCAUAAACAGCACCAAAUAAGCAAUUACGAUAUAACACAUAUUUUUUGGGUUAUUUUUAUUCUCUAAAGCAGUUCAAUAGAAAACAAGUAUUUAUUGAAAACAAAUAUAAUUUAUUGGUGUGUGAAAAAGGAUAUUUUAUGCUAAUGUAUCAAAUAUUGUUAGUCACAAAAUGAUGUGUUGUUUUAAAAAGACUCAACUAUAAGAGAUACAAAUCACAUAUCAGAUUGCCUUUGCAAUAUUAAGGGGAUAACAAUUUCAUUGUUAUAACAAGUUAACAAUUAUUAACAGUGAGCUUGGAAACACUCAUAUGGCAAUGACAACAUUCUGUGGAAUCAUUUAGUUGUCCAACUAUUUGCAAGAAACAACCCUCUGUGUUUUUGUGUCCAUGUGACUAAUGGAGCAUUUUGAAAACAUGAAAAUAAAACCCCUGACUUUGAUUGUCAGAAGUUGGCAUCCCUCCA